CAAGAACAGUUUGUUUGCGUGGGUGUACUGGACGACAUGGACGGACAUGAUGCAGCAGCCCCAACGACUCGAAAGACACGGCAAGGAACCAAACUGCAAGGAACUUCAUCAGCACCAGCAUCAUUCUCGUCCACUGCCAGUUUGCUUCAAUUUGUCCGUGACGAACAACAAGUCCGGCUCGUUCACUCUCGCCAGCUUGUCCACGAUGCCGCCGUUCGUGCCGUGUACCGCCGCGUUCGGUCCGACUUGAUUUCGUUGUCGUCGACAACACCGCCGCCGCCUUCAUCCAUCCGACCACCCCCUUUGUCUGCGUCCCCUGCCCCUCCAACCUGGUGGCCCGUGGCAGCAUUGACUCCGUUUGAUACGUUUGAGCUUCAGCGCGACGUGCUGUGGUGCUGGGACUGUUUGUAUCAAUUCGCCGACGUGUUGCGCUUUCGGUCGGUCGUGCCGUUGUCUGUGUUUUGCCAUGCGAUGACGUUGAGUGACCAAUCGGCCCCCCAAGGGGACUCUGUCGCAGACGAGACAAGCCAUGGCCGCCUCCUCGCGACCCUGCACAUGUUGCUGCUGGACGUGCUACUCGACGAAUUCACGCCGUACUUGCAGCUGACUGUGGCCGAGUACAAAGCGGCGCGUCCUUUGAACUUGGUAACGUGGCCUGAAGUCGCGCGGCAGAUGUUUAUGAUCGCAUGGGAUGUGGACAAGGGCGACGUCGUCGAUGGGCACGCGAUCAAGCUGCUCAAGGGCGUGAAAACGUCGGUCGAGUCCAUGGUUGGCCCUUGGCGGGAUACAUUGACGAUGAAAGGCGAGUCAAUUUUGUCCAAUUCAAAUGAAAAAACUCCCGGCAAACCAAGUGAGCAGUUGCCACCGACUCAAGAACUGCAUGGCGUGGGGGUGAUUAUAUCAGACCAAGUCGACAGCAGCAGUUGGCAGCGCCUCGGCCUUGUCUUGGGCAUGACAAAGGAAGAUCGAUACACGGUGCUAGAUGUUCAUAAAGAUGCCCAUCCUGCGAUCAAAACCUACGUGGCAGCCGGAGACGUCCUCCGAUGUGUGAAUGGCGUCGAUGUCGGACGUCUCGACCAUGAAGCAUUCCUCGCAUUGGAACCACUGGCGAGUCCAGUAGGACUUAUAUUUAGCCGAGGACAUGGCGAUUUCGUAGCCAGCCAUGUGAAACCCAAACCUCCCGCGUUGCUGCCGCCAUUGGCGCGAUGUGCCAACGUGCUGAAAAUCCUGCGAGGGAAAGACGCAGCCGUGCCGUUCAAUUUCCCCGUCGACGCCGACAUGUACCCCGACUAUUACACGCUGAUUCCAGAACCGAUGGACUUGAGCACAGUUGAAGACAAGUUACUUGGAGACGAGUACGACGCCGUCGAUGGGUUCGUGGACGAUGUGCACUUGAUUUGGAAAAACUGCUUUGCCUACAACGGCCACGCGGCGCCAAUCGCGGCAAUGGCGCGCAAGUUGUCGGCUACAUUUGAUCGACUCGUGCGCGAGUACAUUCGAGACGACGCAUCGCCCAAGCACCAAUCUGUGACACUGUUUGCGAACGAGGACGCGUGUCGCAUAUGCCACCACGCCCAGCUGUGCACGGACCGCCUUUUGUUAUGUGAUCGAUGUGAUGGCACGUUCCAUACACUGUGCUUGCGGCCGCCGCUGUCGGAUAUUCCCGUCGGAGAAUGGUACUGUCCAACUUGUAAGCCGAAAGUGGCCGUGGAAAGAACCAAUGGACGGUGGCAUCAUCUCGAUGGAGAAGAGAUGAUUGGCCAAGAAGAAGAUGAAGAUGAAGACGAAGACGACAGCAAAGGCAUCCCGUACCUUAUUCGGCUAUUGUCGAAAGAAAGUUAUAUGGAACUGGCGGUGGCAGAGCGGGUGGCCGUGUUCAAAGGACUGUGUGAACUGGUGCAAAAAUGCUCCAGCGUACAACGGGUGGUGCAUUUGUUGGAAGAUUUGGCCGAAGACGAGCGCGCCGAGUUGGGAUGUUCGUAUGCCGAGGUCGUUCGCGAGUGGGAACGUUUUGGGUACACUGACGACUCGAACGAAACGGCGGCAGAUGUCACUAAACCGAGGGACUCGAUCACACUCGACGGCGUCGCCCGCCCGCUCACCGACGCCCUCUUGGUACAUUUGAAAGAAAAGUGCUUGGCCGAACUCGAAGAUCGCGCGCCUCCGCCUCCAUUCUUCUUGGACGAUAGCCCGCUUGGACAAGAGCAGACAAAGUUGCUGCCUUCUGUACCCGAAAUACCGUUAGAACUUCCAGACAACAGCCCUAUUACGAUGGGCAGUAGUGGUGGACAACAAGGCGACGACGUUAUAGCUGAAAAAACGCAAGCCACAGCCACCACUCCUCGUUUUCAAGACGACAAUCAAGCCACAACAACAUCCAACAAUAGUGACAUUGAAGAUAGUGACAGUGAUGAUAUCGAAGCGUCGGUACUGGAAACAUUUGGGGACAUUCAACUGGCGACGCGGGUAUCGUCCUCCUCUCACGCGAGCCCUAGACCACCAUCGCCGACGUCAUCCUCCAUGUGCUAUUGCUGUCACUUGACCGACACCGACCAUGCAUUGGGCGACGUUGUACCGGGAAUGCUGGCUCCCGUGACCCGUCAAAUCGGAUGCGAUCUGAGAAUUCCACCGGCCAUCGCCCAACAAGUGACAUCGCUUUGCACGUGGACGUCGCCUCUGUCGGCGCCAUUUGAGUUCGAUGUGGACGAACAUGGGCAGCUGGUCGUGGGCCAAUCAGUGGCUGACACGUGUCUGCUGAACCAAGGCGACGUCGUGCUCGCGUUGAACUCGACUGUAGUGUUGGAGACACAACAAGAGGACUUCGAUGAUCCGGCCACAUUUGUCAGCUAUGCCGACACGUUCAUGGCGUCGCUGCCCCGUCCACUGAUCGUGCUUACGGCCAACCCCACGGCGACUGUCGACUCGCGCCAGUUUCACACGUUUCAACUGCCAUCAUCGGAAAACGAAGAAGAAGAAGCUGUCAAGUGUCCACAUGUGUCGAUGGUUUCCGAUACGCUGUGCCAGGUCAUGUACCCUGCGACAGGGUUUGCAGCCGUCACCGGGUAUAUCUACCCGUACGACAUUAUCCACGCCAUCAACGGUAUACGGAUUACAAGUGUGGAUCAAGUACAUGCGUUGUGGCAACCCCGGGCACUUGUGUGUAUCUUUCGGCAUCCGCUAGACCGCGGGGAAGAAUAUGCGACACGGUUGCUUUCAAACGGCGCGCCGUCGGACGUUCGAGCGUCGGUCUGGCGUCCCAAGUCGUAUGCGAUGACGUUUCACGACGGGCCGUUGGGACUGGCCCUGGAACUGGACGCCCAUCUCGUGGUCGUGCGGUCCUUAACGGCUGUGAGCCAAGCAACCCACACGGUCCAGUCAGGUGACAUUAUCUUGGCCAUCAACGAGACCCCCGUUGGGCGAUUGAACGACCUCACCGAGUUUACCGACACGGUGCGGUCGCUGUCCCGACCCGUGUCGUUUCGAUUUUACCGCCCCUCCCUCCCUUUAACGACAUCCUCAACAACGACCAAGAACGCGAUCCGUGUGACAGUGGGAGAUAUCCUUGUGGCUGCGACGUGGCUCGAAUGCGACAAGGGUCUGGUGGUCUUAUCGUGUUCCUCUUCUCGUGUGUUUCAAGUGGGCGACACACUCACGCAUAUAAACGGUGUCGCAGUUGUGGGCAUGACAAGGGCGUGGCUGCACGACACGCUUGGCGUACUGCCAUUGUACGACCAACUGCUCGUGGUUGUACGACCUCCGCCCGUGCCAGAUGUCCCCGUUCAGGUCCAUCCGCAAUGCGCUGCGACGUGGAACCAAGCCAUGAUCCGAGGCACGGCGUUGAGACAGAAAUGGACGGCUGCGACAGCGUUGGAAACGUUCUUAAAGUCGGUGGCGCCGCGCACGUGGCCAGUGGGACCGUAUCUCAAGUUUCCUGGCGAUCCCAAUGUACUGUACAAGCACGAAAACAAGACGUGGUUUGCCACCACACAGAUCGCAGCGGUGGUGGCAUCAGAAGAGUCGGAUGCGGUGGCGACUGCCUUGCAUUUCGCCUUUCAAUCUCGACCGCCGACUCCGUCUUUAGGUCCAUUUUCGAUGCGGCCUCACUUCACUGUGACCCCGUCCAACCAGCACGAAUCGUUUGUCAUGUUACACGGUCGGCAGUACUUCCUGGGCACAUUUGCAUCGGCAUCGGACGCCCAAACUGCUUAUGAUCAGUGCCAACAACGCUACGACACGCGGCAGCUGCUCCUAGCACCGUACUCGACGACGACAUUUCCGCGAGUUGCGCUGCCCAGUUUCAAAGCUGAGGACGUUCUCAAGCGAUUGCAUGUGCGACGAGGUCCGUCUUGUACUUCUUCCUCUCAUCACCCGCUGUCGGCGGAAAUGAAGUACUUGGUCCGGUACAACAUCCGAGCCCAUCGGCCAAAACCAUCACCCCCUCCAACCCUCACAAGUAAUAACGAGUUCGUCAACCACCAAGGUCAGCAGCUCCAGCAGCAGUACCACGGAGCCUCCACGAAGAAACGCCCCCUUCCAGACGCCGAUACCGCCUCCUCCCCCUAUCCGAUUACAACGACUCGAACGACUUCAACCAACACAUCGCUCGAAGCGCACUUUAAAAGCCUUCAAGAGCUGAAAACGUCGAUCAAACAAGCCUGGGGCAGCGUCCAGACGAGUCAGAACGCGCAGAGCUGUGCGCACUUGAGCGAUGCGCUCCAGUCGACACAUCACACGCUCACGUACGUGGCCCAGCACUUGGCCAAACAUCCGUUGGACGUGGCCACUCCACUGACGUUUGUCGGUGUCCAUCAUGCCAGUGUGCUGUGUCUGCUUACAAAAUCCAUGAGCGAGUCACUCGCCAAGACCAGUCAGAUGACGCUCGCCGACUUGCAACUCAUGCACAUGUGUGGGGACAACCUGCUGUGGUCCAUAGAAGCAUGUGUGACACCGUCGCUGCACCAUCAAGUGAUGUCAUACUGUGUGGAAUUGGCUAGCAAGUUACCCACGAUGCUGGCAUCGGGGCUGCUUUCAGCACAGAUUAAAGCGACUGCGUUGACCAUGGACUCGUUUUUCAACUCGUCCAAGUACUUGGCCGAACCAGCGUCGUCGUCUGUAUCAUGUCGCCCGCUGUUUGCCAUGCUAAACAACCACCACACAGCUACCGCGACGAACCACGACCAUCAUUCCCACCAACCCCACCAACACUCGGCAAUCAUUCAACCGCUGCCGCCAUCGUUGACCCAAGAGCUGUGGAAACUGCAUACAUGUCAAGGUCAGUUUGACAAGAUGCUGAAAAAACUCAAAAUCCCUUGGCCCCCCCCCCAAGCAGCCCACCCACGAGCCCUUGCUGCUACUACUAGUACUACUAGUAACCCAUCCAACCAAUCGGUGGCGGCGUCUCCAACCAAUCGGUCGUUGUCUAGCCAAGACUCCAUUGUGAGUUUUGAAGCGGGGCCGCUGGGGAUUAUCAUCCAGCAAGAAGACAACAAUAACGUCAUCACUGUGGCUUCGUUCGCCGCGGGCGACCAAGGCCAGGCACUUCGAAGUGGCAAGGUCGCGGUUGGCGAUGUGAUUGUAGCCGUGAAUGGCGACCCCAUCUCGACCAUCGGCAUUGCCGGGUUCAAGCGCGCCGUGUCCAGCGGUGUGCGGCCGCUGUUGAUUACGUUUCGCCGCCGUCAGCACAUUGUCCGAACAGCUUCCUCUAAACAACCACCCAAAGCCAAACAGCUGCCUCGAAAACGAGCCAAACCAUCCCCACCACCACUGACUACGACUACUAAUCGCCCAUCCACGACAAAAUCAGUCGCCCAGUUGCCCCCUCGACCACCUUUUACUAGUACUACUAGUCCAUACACGAACAACAACCAACAAGGGACGGCCACGUCAUCGCAGCAUAAUUUUGCCAUCCAAUCGAACGAGGCCAUGGGAUCCAACGCGACACUCGAGUACUUUUCACGUGAAUUAUUGGUGGAGCCAACCACCCAACAAGAACCUCUGCCGUCGCACACGGUAGAUGGGAAUAAUCCAUUCAACGUCGUCCACCACCAUACGACCAAUAUCGUACCGCAGCAGCACAACCAACAAGCGUCCGAGUACCAGUACCCUCAACCUCCAUCGUCCGAUCCAGCCUCGUCCAUGUGGGCAGCCGCGCAUGCCACAGCCAACGCGGCGCUGUACGCUAGCAACCCCAUGUACUACAGCAUGUACAACCACUCGAUGCAGCCACCCACCACCACCCCUACCACCACCAUGGACGGCGGCGGCAAUGGCGGUGUUGUUGGGAUGCUCAUGCAAGACCAGUCGACUUCUAUCGACUUGUUGAUGCACCCGCCCUUGUAUGUUGUUUCUACGACCCACGACGACCAAGAGCAACCACAACCCGACCUCCAGCAGUACUUUGACCCUCAAUAUUACACGCCCCCGUCUGCGUUUCGAUCUGGCCCCGCUGGUGUGGCGUUUAUUAGCCAAGUGGACGAGGAACCUCCCCUGACUGCAUCCCCCGUUGGUCAAGACGCCACUCCAAUCAACAGCAGCACCACCACCAGUGAACCCGACUUAACCACCACCACCCCCAUCCCACCUGAACCAGUAGUGUCCUCCCCAGCAUCCUUGGCUUCCACUCCCCCUGCAUCGAAUGCACUGCCGACCCCCUCGUCCUCGCCGCCCCAGCUGUUAAACACCCCCCAAAGCAAACCCAAACAGCAACCUCCUGCAGCAGUGGACAACUCUAGUAGUACCGUGAGAUCCACCGGUCGGCGGUCGUCGCGUGUGAGUCGAAAGCCCGAGCCGCUCGUGUCUCACACGUCUGCGACACCGUCAGCAAUGGCCGCCCCCACGCUGCACAUUCCAGGGGCAGGAACACAAGGCGAGUUUGCCACCGACAGUUUGCCCGUUUCCAAAGCCACGACCUCGUCAUCUCUUGCGUUUUCAUUGGUGCAGGCGCAGCUACUGGCGAUCGAGGCGGCGCUCCCCCGCGAUGCAUUUCGCCACAAUAAGUGGACACCGGCUCUGCGCACGGGAUGGGCCGACCUGAUCGUCCACGCGACGUCGAGUCGGGCGUUGCUAGAGGCAUUGCUUGUUCUCGAAGCCACGAUUGAAAACGAAUACUUGGAUCCUGCAUUCAAGGCCCAGUCGUCGCUCACGAUCAAGAUGCUUCUGCCCACGGCCACGAUCGCGUCGGCCGCCAUGCGACUGUACGCGCUGGACGACGCUCUGAGCUACGUUAAGUCUGUGAAACCACGCAUGUCGUCGUCGAGCUAUAAACGAAAACUCCAAGCUACGAACAGUAGCUCGGCGGGAUCGAUUGGAACCCGGCGGAGUACGAGUACUAGUACUACUAGUAGUACUAGCCCAGACGACGUGCCGCUGCUGCCACCCUGUCCUGGGCUCACCGAUCCCGUGCUCAGCCGCCUUGCCAUGCAAAAACUACGACUUGCCUUGACCAAUACCCCCCCCCAUGAACUGUGUCGCAGAACGCUGGGCGAGUUGGGCGGACUCACUCGGCUACCGUCGCUGAUCCUCGAGCGCUGGUACAAGCAAUGCUUGGCUUUGUUGCCUGCUACGUCAUCAUCUGCUACUACUAGUACUACUACUAGUACCGUGGCGCCCCCACCAUUGAAAAAAGUCAAAGGCAGUCGCGGCGUAGGCCGACCACCCAAACAGAUCGAGUACCGAUUUGAGCCACAACAGCAGCAGUCGAGUAUUUCCCCCGCCUUGUUAAAAGACCCGACGCUCAAAGAUCGCUUUAUCGCUGUAUUGCAAACACUGCAAACCAAGGCGGCCGUGGCGGCGCCAUUUUUGAAGCCCGUGGACCCCGACGAGUUUCCAACGUACCGCCGUAUCGUACCCUACCCGAUGGAUUUGCACACAAUGCUGCAGCGGGUUCAAGAUGGCGUAUAUGAUAACCGUCUGCAGCACAUUCCCAUCGACAUGAGUCGAAUAUGGACCAAUUGUUUUGCAUUCAAUUCCGUGCAAGCCGAGAUAUCGACCCUUGCGCGUCGGUUGCGGUCGAUUUUCCAGCGGUUGAUGGAAGAGUAUGUGGUUCUGGCACCCGCGGGCACGUUGCCAGAGGACCUUAUCUGCGACGACGCGUGCCGCGUGUGUCGAGCAGAGGCACAGGAGCAUGUGAUGCUGCUCUGCGACUCGUGCGAUGCCGCGUAUCAUUCGCUUUGUGCUGGCCUCGACGAAGUUCCAACCGCGAAUUGGUAUUGCACGCGAUGUGUGGAAAACCCAGAGUUGAAAUAGACACGAUAUAUAUCCACCACACUUGAAUAAAUCACAUCAUCCCUGUCUGUACAUCAC